AGGUCGCUUAUGCCCCCUCCUAAAUUUUCAAGUCUUAUGCCCCCUCUAAUUUUUCAAUAGCUGCUUCAUAACCCCCUUGUUUCAACAGCCGGUUUAGACCAAUCAAAAGGUUGGAAAUACUUCAGUGAGUGGGUAUGGGUCUCACCCCCACAGAUGUCCCCCCAUACUGGAUGAUGUGAUGGUGAGAUAAAGACACAUGAUUAAAAGUACUUAAGCACCCAACUCACUGUGAUCCCUUAUUCCAUCCUUUUAUACAGAAUCUUCAUUAAUGUACACCGUGGAGUGAACGUUUAAUUCACGACGGGUGCAACAUUUGGCACCUCCGACGGGACAGGUGUGUUUCAGCAUUACAUCCGUUAGAAUGCUCAACGACAGCGCCUGUCCAGCGACCCUGAACCUGAACCCAAGACCUGAGCUACAGUAACCAUGGUAGCAGGAGUCCAGACUAGGUAGUGCAAGAGAAAAGUGAAUAGCAGUGGACAAAGCAAGCAAGGGACGAAGUCAAAGACCAAACAAAGAGUUUGAAGAAACGAGUUGCCCCAAAAUGGAGAAGUCCGCACAAGAGCUAUGUCAGUCUUUGAUGUACCAAGUCAGUAAACUCACCCGUGACCAGUUGCUCGAAGUUUGUAAGUUCAUUGAUCUACCCGAUUAUGAGGCAUUAGAGGCGAAGGAAGACAACCACCAGCUUCUAGUUAGAAAAGUCAACCGUCACCUCAACCGAGGUGAGAUUGAUGAGAUGGAGGAUGAAGGCCUGGACAGUUUCAAGGAGAUACAAUGUUUUCUAAAGAAACUCGUUCCUGAGCCUCAGCCACUAGUGGUGAAACCCCAAGCUUCAGAAUCUUCGACUGAACCAUCCCCGACCACGGAAUCUAAAUCUGCAACACAUCCUCCUCAACCAGCAAGUGGAGAACAGCCACUUAUACUAGAUGCUGAGCUAGCACUGAAGAAACCCAUUCUUCCCAUCACACCCCACAGUUUGAUGACUCUUGCCAGACGGGAGUUCAAAAUUUCUGGCCAGAUAGGAGAGCCCAACCAGAAAGAUAAAUUAUCUUUUUCCAGCUUAGCUCACCAGAUCGAGAAUGGUCGUCUAAAGGGCCACACCGAACGUGAAAUCAUAGAAGGCGUUAUCCGAGCGAUUUCACCAGGCUCUCCCCUGCGAAGUUACCUGGAAGGUAGGGUAGCCCUUACCUUGCCCAGUCUGCGUCAAGUUCUGCGGUCCCAUUACCGAGAGAAAGAUGCCACAGAACUUUACCAACAACUAUCCCGUGUGACUCAGGACAUCAAAGAAUCCCCACAGAGUUUUCUUGUUCGUGCCCUUGACCUGAAACAAAAAGUGAUCUUUGCAAGCCAGGAAGCAGGUUCCGGAUUGAAAUAUGACCCCACACUUGUACAGAGUAUGUUCCUGCAUGGACUUCUGACUGGGUUAAGGAGCGAUGCUGUUAAGUCAGAGCUGCGUCCCUAUCUCCAGAAUCCAGGUACGACGGAUGAGCAGUUGUUUGAGAAAAUAAAUGUAGCAGCCCGCCAGGAAGCAGAACGACAAGAGAAACUCGGGGUAACCAGUGCAAAACAAAUCUCCGUCAAAGUGGUGCAACACCAGGGAUCAAGCAGAGAAGAAUCGGGGACCAACUUCAAGGAGCAGCCAAGACAAGGCAGUUUAAUGACCGACCUUGCUGAAUUGAAGGCAGGAAUUGCGGAGAUUGCCUCUAUGAAAACCCAGAUAGCUGGUCUGCAACAGUCGCUAGCCCAGCCUAGUGAACGCCAGCAGUGGACCCCAAGGACCAACCGUGACACCAACAGACAGAGAGGCUGUUCUAAUUGCCAACGGAGUGGCACUGGAGAUAGUUGCGAGCAUUGCUACAAGUGUGGCUCUGGGGAGCACUUUGCUCGUGGAUGCAGACAGUGGCGACGCAACCAAUCGGGAAACGGCCAAGGGUUACUGCCACGGGACGGCCAGUAA